AUGCUUAUCAAGACUUCUGCGGUGCUCUGUGCCCUUUGCAUGGUGGCCCAUGGCGCACCGAAGCAGUUUCCCAUCGACAAGCACCCACACCCAAACGUCGAUCGGGAUCCCAUCACCAUCCGCUGCGGCACGGGCUCCAACACGGAAGAGUGUCCGAAUCGCUACAAGUGCACCGCGCCCUCCAACUGCGAGCGAUACUUUCAGGGCAUCUACUACGAGGGCUGCAUCGGCACCUGCGUCCCUGACAUGCCUCCCAUCUAA